CGGUCAGAUAAUAUUAACUCUUAACUACAAAGGAUCAUCCUCAUAAAAUUCCCCCUUUUGCAUUCGCUUUACAGGGGUUGCGCUGUUACACGAGCUAAACCUCUAGGAGUACUAAUUUUCUCUCUCUUGAUCUCUCUUCGUCCUUCUCUCACUUCAACAAUUGGAAUUCGAAGAUCUCUGCAGCUAAUUCGUGCUUCAAUUUGAUCUCACUCGAAUCUCUACCGCUACUUCAAUCACUGAUUCGGUUCCUCUUUCGGAGAGUUCUCAUAUUCAUCGCUGAAAAUGCCUCUGAGAUUGGAGAUUAAGAGGAAACUUGCUCAAAGAUCAGAAAGGGUAAAGUGUGUGGAUCUACAUCCUACGGAGCCAUGGAUAUUGACAAGUUUGUAUUCGGGGGCUGUUUGCAUCUGGAACUACCAGACCCAGACAAUGGUCAAAUCUUUCGAGGCGACUGAAUUACCAGUUAGGUCAGCGAAGUUUAUAGCACGCAAGCAAUGGGUUGUUGCCGGUGCUGAUGAUAUGUACAUUCGUGUAUACAAUUACAAUACCAUGGACAAGGUCAAAGUAUUCGAAGCGCACACUGAUUAUAUUAGGUGUGUGGCUGUCCAUCCUUCUCUACCAUAUGUGCUGUCAUCUUCUGAUGACAUGCUUAUAAAGCUAUGGGACUGGGAGAAAGGAUGGCUAUGCACUCAAAUUUUUGAGGGUCAUUCCCAUUAUGUGAUGCAAGUCACAUUUAAUCCCAAAGACACCAAUACAUUUGCCAGUGCAUCUCUUGAUCGAACUAUAAAGAUUUGGAACCUCGGCUCCCCUGACCCAAACUUCACAUUGGAUGCGCAUCUAAAAGGAGUCAAUUGUGUAGACUAUUUCACUGGUGGUGACAAACCUUAUUUGAUCAGUGGUUCUGAUGACCACACUGCUAAGGUCUGGGACUAUCAGACUAAAAGUUGUGUCCAGACUCUUGAAGGCCAUACACACAAUGUCUCCGCCGUAUGUUUUCAUCCUGAGCUUCCUAUUAUAAUUACGGGGUCUGAAGAUGGUACAGUUCGUAUAUGGCAUGCAACCACUUAUAGACUUGAGAACACUUUGAAUUAUGGUCUUGAAAGAGUUUGGGCAGUUGGUUGCAUGAGAAGUUCAAGAAGGGUUGUAAUAGGUUAUGAUGAGGGCACUAUCAUGGUAAAAAUUGGCCGAGAAGAACCCGUUGCCAGCAUGGAUAACAGUGGAAAAAUUAUAUGGGCUAAGCACAAUGAAGUUCAAACUGUCAACAUCAAGAGUGUUGGGGCGGAUUACGAGGUUACUGAUGGAGAAAGGCUGCCUUUGGCUGUCAAGGAAUUGGGAACUUGUGACCUCUAUCCACAAAGCUUGAAGCAUAAUCCAAAUGGAAGGUUUGUUGUUGUUUGUGGAGAUGGAGAGUAUAUCAUAUAUACUGCUCUAGCAUGGAGAAAUAGGUCAUUUGGUUCAGCUCUGGAAUUUGUUUGGUCUUCUGAUGGAGAAUAUGCUGUGAGAGAAAGUACGUCAAGGAUUAAGAUCUUCAGCAAAAAUUUUCAGGAGAAGAAGAGUAUCCGCCCUACUUUCUCAGCUGAGCGCAUCUAUGGAGGUACUCUAAUGGCGAUGUGCUCAAAUGAGUUUAUUUGUUUCUAUGAUUGGGCUGACUGCAGGUUGAUACGGCGAAUUGAUGUUAGUGUGAAGAAUCUCUACUGGGCGGACAGUGGCGAUCUGGUAGCAAUUGCAAGUGAUACAUCCUUCUACAUACUCAAGUAUAAUCGUGAUGUGGUUUCUGCCCAUUUAGACAGUGGAAGAUCAGUAGAUGAGCAGGGCGUAGAAGAAGCUUUUGAACUUCUUUAUGAGAUAAAUGAACGGGUCAGGACCGGAAUUUGGGUUGGAGAUUGCUUCAUUUACAAUAAUUCUUCCUGGAGACUUAACUACUGUGUUGGUGGUGAGGUAACCACAAUGUUUCAUUUAGACCGGCCUAUGUACCUGCUCGGAUAUCUAGCGAACCAGAGUAGGGUUUUUCUGAUUGACAAAGAGUUCAAUGUCAUUGGAUAUACUUUACUGCUCGGCCUGAUUGAGUACAAGACACUUGUGAUGCGUGGUGAUUGGGACAGAGCAAAUGAGGUGCUGCCAUCGAUUCCUAAGGAGCACCAUAAUAGUGUUGCACAUUUCUUGGAGUCGCGAGGUAUGGUAGAGGAAGCAUUAGAAGUUGCAACAGAGCCUGACUACAGAUUUGAUCUAGCCAUACAGCUGGGAAAAUUAGAUAUUGCAAAGGAUAUUGCAGUGGUAGCUCAAAGUGAGUCCAAAUGGAAGCAGUUGGGUGAACUAGCCAUGUCUGCCGGAAUGCUGGAGAUGGCAGAGGAAUGUCUGAAGUAUGCCAACGACUUGAGUGGUCUGUUGCUACUCUAUUCUUCACUAGGAGAUGCUGAAGGAAUAACUGAACUAGCAACUCUUGCCAAAGAGCAGGGGAAAAACAAUGUCACAUUCCUUUGCAUGUUCCUUUUGGGUAAAGUUGAGGAAUGCAUUCAGCUAUUGGUUGAUAGCAAUCGGGUACCUGAGGCUGCUUUUAUGGCUAGAUCUUAUCUGCCAAGUAAGGUUUCUGAAAUAGUUGCAAUUUGGAAGAAGGACCUCAGUAAGGUUAACCAGAAAGCAGCAGAAGCUUUGGCUGAUCCUGAAGAAUAUCCUAAUAUGUUUGAGCACUGGCAAGUUGCAUGUGCUGUUGAAUCUAAAGUUGCAGAAGAAAGGGGUGGCUACCCACCAGCAACAGAAUAUGUUAAUCAUGCUGAUAGAUCAACUAACAACCUUGUAGAAGCUUUCAGCCACAUGAAAAUGGAUGAAGAAUCACUUGAAAAUGGAGAUAUAGACCAUGAGGUUGCAGAACAGAGUGAUGAUGAGGUGCAAGAACUGGGGCAAGAUGAUGCACAAAAUGAGGGACAAGAAGAGCCCGUAGUUGUGGAUGCUGAUUCUACUGACAGUGCGGUACUCAUUAAUGAAACUGAGGCAGAAGAAGAGUGGGGUACGAAUACUGAAGGAAAACCGUCAGCCUAAAAGCAAUUGGUUGGGCCGGUGUGAAAAUCCUAGUUUUGUUGCUGUGCUUACACCACGCCACUAGGCUCAUUCAAGACAGUUCCAUCUGUUCAAUAGGUGUUUCCUUUAAGGGGGCGAUCAACGGACUGGGCAUGUCUGUUCUGCAAGUGGUGUGAUUUUGUAGCAAUGAGUUUUGUAGGCAUACUGGACAUAUGUUUCCAGCUUCGUUGUUAGCUUUAGUCACUCAUAGUUGCUUUAUCAUAUUCUUUUGAGGCAUACGUUUUUCACCCUUCAAUAUCUUCAUAUGUCAUUGUCCACUGUAGAAACACUAUAAGCCAUAUAUGGAAGUGGAGGUAAUGCAGAUGUGUGCUCAAAAACUGCAAUCUGAAGAAAUGAAAAUGAUAAUCAGGAUAUUUUGUUUGGUGCAUUACUGUGGAACGAUGGAAAGAAAGAAGAAACAUUACAAGGAUAGGAAAGACUAUUAAUAUGCCUUUUAUAUGACAGAUAUAAACUCGCUUGUUUCAGUUUAAGAUCUAUGUGAGUGGUAUCAAUUAAUCAAGAAUAUGUUUAGCCA